GGUGUCUGCGGUAACGCUUCCUCGUUCCCAUCCCAUCGCAUCACCAUCAUCAUCUUCCACAUCCACGUCCCAUCUAUGCUAUUUAGUUUUUGGGUAAUUUGCAUCGGCUGUCAGUGGAGCAGCCUCGCCAUCAGACCCAGCCCCAUCUCCAGCCUCAGCCUCAGUCCCAGAUCCAGCCUUGAGAACAGUAGCAGCUACAUCCACCGCAAUCACAGCCAGAUCUGAGUCCUCCACGCCCACAUAACCACCCACAUCCACAUCCACAGACAUGGUGAUAAGCAAACCCGAUGGAGCGGCGCCCAAUGGAGCGGCGGGAGGAGCGGGCGCCACAUCAGCAGCACAGUCAGCUGCUCCAACGGGCCUCGAUGCAACCGGGAACAGUCUGGCGCAUCCCUCUGGGAUACCGCAGGAUCAAAUAGACAAUAUCAUGAGCGGCAUCGCCAAUACGGGCGACGUCAAAAUGAACAAUCACCGCAAGAAGCUGCGACAAAGAUUUGAUAUUAUUAAGAAACUAGGACAAGGCACCUACGGCAAGGUGCAAUUAGGUAUUAAUAAGGAAACCGGCCAAGAGGUGGCCAUUAAAACUAUCAAGAAGUGCAAAAUCGAGGCCGAGGCUGAUUUAGUGCGCAUCCGGCGCGAGGUGCAGAUCAUGAGCUCAGUGCAUCAUCCAAACAUCAUCCACAUCUACGAAGUAUUCGAGAACCGUGAGAAAAUGGUGCUUGUUAUGGAGUUUGCCGCUGGCGGCGAGCUCUACGACUAUCUGUCUGAAAGGAAGGUUCUCACCGAGGAGGAGGCGCGCCGAAUCUUCCGCCAGGUGGCCACCGCCGUCUACUACUGUCACAAGCACAAGAUUUGCCAUCGCGAUCUCAAACUGGAGAACAUCCUGCUGGACGAGAAGGGCAAUGCGAAGAUUGCCGAUUUCGGUUUGUCGAAUGUGUUCGACGACCAGCGCCUGCUGGGCACCUUCUGCGGCUCCCCACUCUACGCCUCGCCAGAAAUCGUGGAGGGAACUCCGUACCAGGGACCCGAGGUGGACUGCUGGUCGCUGGGCGUGCUGCUCUACACGCUGGUCUACGGCUCCAUGCCCUUCGAUGGGUCCAACUUCAAGCGGCUGGUGAAGCAGAUCAGCCAGGGCGACUACUAUGAGCCGAGGAAGCCUUCGCGGGCCUCCACCCUGAUCCGGGACAUGCUGACCGUGUGUCCGCGGAAGCGGGCCAGCAUCGAGCAGAUCUGCUCGCACUGGUGGGUGAACGAGAACGACAAUGUGUCCUGCCUGGACCUGGCCGAGGAUCUGGCCAAUCAGACGCCAGUGCGUUUGGAUGUCCUGCUGUCACUCACGCCAGCCACAAUUACGGCGGAUCAGCUGGUGGUGCCGUCGGCUGAGGGAGCAGCUGCAGCCAAGGCGGCGGCCAAUGAACGCGUUCCCCGCUCCCAUUCGGUGGGCUCGAUCCGCGACAUGGGACCACCGAACACGGAGGCGGAGCGCCGCAUUCUGGACAUGGUGGCCGCUGGAGGAGAAGCCGCCCUGAUGCCCUCACCCACCAGGACCAUUACGCCCGCCCAGAGUCCGGUGCAAACGAAGAGGAAGCUGCAGCCCACUGUUUCCACGGAGAAUGCAGCCGGAACCACCGCCAAGAAGAAGGAGAAGCCGGCCAAUAGCUCGUUUGUGAUCAGCAAGGAUGGUGCGCCGCUGACUGAGGCCCCACCACCGACCAUCAUCGAACCCCAAGCGACGCUCAUGGAGGCGGAAACGAUUGCCAAUAUACCAGAGGAGGUCCCGGCACCAGCGCCCAGUUACUCCCAGAAAGACAUGCAAAUGGUGGGCGAUCUCUGCGAGCAGUUGAUGGGAAAUUCUUCCACCACUCCCGUGGCAGCUGCACCACCUGCACCCUGCACACCUGUUGCUCGCCAGGCCACCCGGGGCAAACUGGAUGCUGUGGCGGAGACGCCCGAGGAGAAGGACGCCACCAAGGUGAUCAAGAAGUUUGUGAACAAGCACAAGACCGCCGAUCUGGUGAAUGCCAUCAAUGAGAGUGCCUCCAAGGCGGUGGCGCCCGUGGCUGCUGCUCCGCCCUUCGUGCGCAAGUGCAGCCUGCAGGAUGAGACCACACUGAACAAAUUUAAUUCGGAGCGUCGGAAAUCGCGCAUUCUGGAGACGGCCGAGAAGUUCCAACCACCGCCGCCAGUGGCCACAGCAGCAGGAGUAACUCCUCCAGAGAAACCCAAGAAACUCAGCAUACCCGGCGUCAGUGUGGGCAGUUUCAAGAAGGAGUUCGAGAAGAAGGCCACCAAUCCUCCGACCGUAGAAGGACCCACUCCGGGUGAACUGAGGGCCCAGGAGCAGGUGGCAGCAGCAGCAGCGGCGGCCCAGGAAGCCGAAGCUUUGAGCACUCCGCCGCCAUCGCCAGUGGUGGCCUCGCAAUCCCUGGAGGCCAGCGAUUCCAAAAACUCGGUGGCCUCCAUUUCGCUGGACGAGGCCCGUCGCUCCAUGGAGAACUCCAUUGCCCUGCUGCUGCAGGCUCAAAACGAAUCCAGCAAGGAGGUGGACCAGCUGUGUGCCCAAACGGAGACAAUUGGAGUCAGUGAGCCAGCAACUUUGCAGGAGCGCGAGCGUAAGUUGAAGAACGCCCGCGCCAUCAUCGGAAAUGCCAUCCAGCCAGUGAUACGCAGGCCAACACCGUUUUAUGGCAUCGGCAACGGCAACGGCAAUGGCUAUGGGAAUGACAUGGUGGGUGGUGGUGUUGGUGGUGGUGGUUCGUCUGUUAACAGUGCACCCAAGCGAGCACAGAGUGGCAUCAAUUUUAUGGGCUAUUCAGGAGCAAUAUCGCCGGGAACAGCGGCAGCGGCAACAUCGCCACCGAUUAUGGAACCCCAGACGGCACCGCCGGUGCUGAUAUCACCCAAUGCUUUGGCUGCGGCCAAGCAAACGAUACAGCAGAGGAUUUUCGGCGGUGGAUUGGCCAGUCCAAAUAGCAAUUCCUUAACCAGAAGACCGGCCACCUGGCAACCGCAGGCCUCCUACAGCACGGCAAGCAUUUUCCAACCGCCGCCGAGUGCGAGUAGUCCGUUCAAGAUGCUGCAGCAGCAAUAUCAGCAGCGCUGUCAGGAGGAUCAGAAGCCGAGUGCUCUAUUCACACCGCCUCCAUCGCCACAAUAUGCCGCCAGCCAUGCCCUCGCCCAAACAGCAGCCACCUACGGAAGCAGCAACAACAGCAGCAACAGCGGUACCAGCAGCAGCAACAAUAGAGGCAACAGCAGCAACAGCAACAUAGGCAACUGCAACACGAUGCCUAAUCUCAAAUACAAUGUCAAUUCGCGCACGAGACCAUUCAAUCAUAAUCAAGCUCAAGACACACUCAAUACCAAUGCCAGUGCUACAUGUGCCUUGCCUGCGGCUAUGUGGCUGAAAUCCUCGCCGGGCAUCGAAGGACCUCCAACUCCACCCGGAGCGGUCAAGACAUCGACUGCCUCGAUUACCCUCAAAUCGGCCACCCUGCCGCGUCGCAAGAUUAACGCCAAGGCGGAGGUGCAGCUGGACAUCAAGCCUCGCAUCCCGGAACAGGGAGCUCCUCCCCAGCCGGCGAUGCGCUUCAGCACGGAGAUGCAGCAUCCGGUCGCCGAUCUGCGCAGUGCCCCGCCCCGCGAGGGCCCCAUCCCCUACAGUCCCAUCAAGACGACGGUGCAGGCGAGGGCCACCAGUUUGGAGCCCAAGGAGCAUGUCAUCACCAUCCAGCGACCGCCCACGCAGCACGCCUACGGACGCACCGGCUCCAACACAACCACGCGUUCCGGCUCGCUGUCACGGCAGUCGACGGUGGAAUCCGAGUCGGAUGCGACCACCACGGCCACGAAUAUGUCGCAGGCCACCAUCACGAGCACCUCGCAGCCCAUCAAGAAGAGUCCGCGGGAGUUUAUCAUCCCGAUUGCCGUCGAGGGAGGCGGCUUCAUCACGCCCCGGGAACGCAGCGUGGAGCCAUCGGAAUCGAGCCACACCACCAGCAGUCGGUCCACGUUCACCCGCCUGCGUCCAUCGCGUCGCAUUGGCUCACUGUUAAGCGAGGCGGGCUUCGAUGAGGGCUCGCCAUUCCAGAAGAUGCGCACCACUUCGAUUACCCGGGAUGGCGUCAGCGGAGGAGCCGAGGACGAGGCCCGCUUCACCCCGCACCGACUCAGAAGCUCAAGACCUGUCAAGAAAAUUAGUCAAGACAACGAUUCGCAAAGCUCCAACGAGGAGGACGAUGACGAUGACGAUGGCUUUGAGAUACUCACGGCGGAGAAUCUGUUUUCGACUUUGCUGCAGCGGGUGCGGGCCCUAACGAAUCGCCUGAACGUCAACAGUGACCUGACGGUCGGAUUCCCCAGCCAUUCUAGUCGCCUGCUCACGGACAUUUCGCGGCAGGCCCAAAGUCACAGUCCAUUCUGGAGCCAGGGCAGUCCCUUUGCCAGUGUGCUUAGAUCUCAAGUUAGUUAUACGUAUAGCGAAACGGUCGAGAAGAAGAAAGUCCGCCUGAAUAGCAGCAAUAGCAGCGGACUGGGAGCUCCUUGGCGGCACAGCAUGUCCCGGGAUCUGGGCAGCGACAUGGAAUCGAUGUUCUCGCGCACGGGGGCCACGCUGCCAAGAGGUCAUCAUCAGGGCAAGGUGAAGCCCAGCUCAGCUCCUGCCCAAGUGGAAAAGGAUUCGGUUAAGGGAUCUUCGACCAGUGAGGAGCCCCUGGAUCUGGCCGAUCUGGAUCUCUCGAGGCUGCGCCUGAGCAAAAAGGAUCUGGAGACCUUGUCCAGCAUAACGCCGGGAUUGCCCAAGUGUUUUCAGGAGCAACUGCUGGCCAAACUGCCUCCUACUCAAGCACGCAAAUUAUCCCGCACGCUGAGCGUUCAGACUCCCAGUGCUCCGAGUACUUCCUCCACCCCGAAAAUCUACAAACGCAGCCAGAGCGGCGGAAGGGGCUACCAGGAGGAGCAGCAGGAGGCCAAACCCCUGACAGAUGCGCCCAAGACAACGGCAGCCAGUACAGCCAUUUACCGGCGAAGCCUCAGUCGCAGUCAGGCGCCCAGUUCCCAGAAUCCUGCCCAGGAAAGCCAGACAACCAAAAGCAGGAGCAGCAGCGUCUGCCGCGAUGACUAUGGCAAAUCCUCCCUCUGCAGCAGCAGCACCUACACCAGCGACAUUAGCGAGAAGUACAAGUACUACUCGCCGUAUCUGAGCAAGUCCAGCAAUGUGAGUCCAUCGCUUCCAGUCGCGAAGGAUGCGCCGGAGAAGCGUUACAGCGGCGGACUGGGACGUCCGCCGAGUGGUUGCCUUUCGCCGCCGCCGCAAUUGCCACAAGUGGCUGCCACGGAGGGAUCGCAAUCCCUGAGGAUUGGACGCUCCUCGCAGCGUCGAAUUUCCCGCUUCCUGCGUCCCGACUUCUUCGAUGAUCCACGGGAUCGGGAGACACAAAGCAUGCUGAGGGAGAUACGCGAAAAGUCCGUAGAUCGCCAGCAGGAUCAGGAGCAGCAGCAGGGCCAAGACUUGAGGCGUCGCAAGCACAGUUUGCCCAAUGUGGAGCAGGCGGAGGCGCCUCAAGAAACGGCACCCAUCAGAUCCUCCAUGCGGCACUCGCGCAACAAGAGCAUGGAGUUGUUCACAGAUGCCGAAUCAAAUGGUCAGGCUCAGGAGCCAGUCAAAUCCUCAUCAGCCAGGCAGCGCAGUGUUUCGAGGGCUCGCGAACUGGAAACGGAAUUGGACAAGCACGAACUGGCGGACAAGAUACUCCAGGAGCUGCAGCUCCUUUCGGCCGCAAGAACCCAACAUGAACAGACCCAGGAAACGGAGAAAACCGAGGAGACCUCCACGAUCAAGAAGGUGAAGAAGUUGAAACCCAAGGAACUUGAGACGGAUGGAACCAAGAUAUCAGCCACGUCUACAACCACUUUGGUGAGAAAGGUCAAGAAGGUGGUUAAGAAAACCGAUGAGGCGACCAAGCCGGAAAGUAGUGAUAUUGCCAGCUCCGCUCCCAAAGAAACCAAAUUAAAGAGACCCAAGUCCUAUCCCAUGAAAGAUCUUGGCUUGAGCCUCAAAUCCUCCACGGACAUCCCAGAACCCAGUGCUUCCCUAUUGCCCAGCAAACUGCCCAGCAAGCUGCCCGCGGGACUCACCAGCGAAUCCGCUGAAGAGCCUGCUCCUCGCGAAAGUCGCCUGAUGAGACCCAAAAGCUAUCCGGCCACCAAACUGGCGACGCCCAAGGAGCUGCGCAAGGUAACCCGCAGUGGAGUGGCUAUACCCACAAUAGCAGAAGCUAUGCCCACGCCCACCAGUUCCAAGUCCACUUCCGAAGAGAAAUCCCUGUCGGCCACGCCUACGGGAACAAUGUCCACAGUUACAGACGUCAAGGAUACGGGCUCCUCAUCCAGCGAUUCGCGGCCCACGACCAUCAAGAAGAUCAUCAAGGUGUCCAAGAAAUCCAAGCUAGUUCCACCCACUCCAGUGACUCCAACCACGCCGAACACAACCGCAACCACCACUGCAAAUACCUCACCCGUGGACAGCUCCAAGGAGUCCAGUCCGGUGAUCAAGGCCAAGGAAAAGUCGCCGGAGAAGAAGCCCAGCAAGGGAUUGCUCUACGCUUUGGGCCAGAAGUUUGAGAAGCUGCGCGACUCCGCGAUGAGCAAGGAGAAGAAGGCGGGCUCUGCGGGAACAGCAGCAUCUCUGGCCUGCACCCAAAAGCAGGGAUCUCCCGAGGAACGCAGUUCCCCAGAGAAGUACCAGAAGAAGAAGCUCCUGGAGACGGAGAAAUCCCUGGAACUGGGAGGCCCGGAGGACAAACGAGUAGACAAGCGAUCCCGCUUUGACACCAUGCUGCGUUCCCUGAGGGAGAGAUCCGUGCCCCGGUCCCAACCCAAUGGACGAGUGAGUCCCAAGAGAGCGGCCAGUGUGGAGGAGCUGCAUGAUGGCCAGGGAAAAUCGGGUGGAGCCGUUAACAAGAUGUUCGGCGGCUUUCUGCGCCGCUUCGACAGGGAGAGCAGUGAACAGCGCAGGGUCAGGAGCACCCGAUCCACCAGCAACAUUGAGCGGCAGGUGCGAGAGGAGCAGGAUAAGCUAUUGGAUGCUUCGCUACCCACAUCGCCCAUCUAUCAGAAUGUGGUUAAGGUCAAGGCUGCUGCUCCAGCGGCUGAGGAGAACUGCAAUUGCGAGUCGGCCUGUCCAGAUUGCCGGCAAAACAAGGGGCAAAACGUGGUCAAUCCUCCAAGCAAUACGACCAAUCCAACCGCCACCAGCAGCAGCAAGGAGAAGCGGAAGGGUCUCAUGCUGGAUCUGGCCAGCGCCAAUGCGUCGAGCAGCGGAGCUCCCAGUUCGGUGACCACGGCCACCACAACAACCACCAGCGGGAGCAGUUACCGUGGAUCCAAAACUAACCCAGCUCUGCUCAAUGGAAACGGCGGUGGAUUGGCCAUCUACUCGAAUUUGCCGCCCUAUCCGGGAGCCAUCAAGAGUGCCAGCUCCAGCCAGCAGUCCAUGGAGAAUGCGACCAACAAUAACUCCACCAAUACGAAUAACAAUUGCAGCUCGCAGACUUCGGGCUACAGAACCUCAUCGGCCCACGAGAUCAAUCGGAAUAAUCCCCUGCUGACGCCCUCCUUCGAGAACAUUGCCAACUACUCCUCCGAUUCGAGGAGCUACCAGGAUGACUGCGCCUCCACCUCGACCUUCCUCUCGCCCACCGAAGAGCCAGAGUUGUACUUUGACAAUUGGUCCAUCUGCUCGGAGGAUAACUAUAUGCUGCAUGCCACGCCCUCGCCGACGGUUUCCCGCCUCUCCAGAGCCUCUCUCUCCUCGCCCACCCGCUGCUCCGAGAGCUCGGAUCCGAAUGAGAGUGUGAUUGAUCGGAUCAAGCGGCGCAGCUUCUACAGUCGUUUCAACGAGCAGAAGAAACCGAGAAGAACCAGCAGCAUAGUGGGUCCCUCGGCAGUGAGGGAUUACUAUCGCGAGCAGCAGGCGGCGGUGAAGGCGCGCUCCAGUCACAAACUGCACGCCACGGAGAUGGAUGCACCGCCAGCACCGCGAGCCCAUUCGCCGGACAUUGCCCAGCAGUUCUUCCGGCCGCUGAAACUGAGUCCCGUGGGCACGGAACUGAAGCCUCCCGUCUACCGUUCACCGCUGGAUUAUUCCGCCUCGUCGGCGGGGGCCACUAGCAAGCCGAGGAAGAGCUUGAACGACAUAAGGAAUACCUCGCCCUCGUUCCUCAGCAAGCGAUACGAAACGACCACCACCAGCGACUACAGUUCGGUGCCCAUGCGGUACAAGAGCUCCUCCAGUUCGAGUCCGAGCAACGGGGCCAUUGCCAGUGGCUAUUACAACACGUACAAUCCGAAGCGCAGGUCAUCGUACACCCUGAAUGGCAGCCUGCCCACGGCGACCAGCGGCAGCAGCAGUGCAGCGGGGAGCAGCCACCUGGAGGGAUAUGCCACCCUGGGCAGGAGAUCGAUUCGGGCCUAUGACCAUCGCACCAUGUCCCUGCUGGAGCCACCGACCACGAGCAGCAGCCGGAGCGGCGAGGGAGUUUCCUAUCAGCGGAGAGAGGCGAGGACACCGGUCAGGGACUACACCUCCAGCAUUUCACGCUCCGGAUCACGUUAUCGCACUUCAUCGGCCACUCGCAGUCCGACAAACAUUUGAUGUACCACACCGCAGAACGGCUUCUGUAUCUUUUGCUACUACUCCAAACGAAAGAAGACGACUACCGGACAUGGGAUCGGGCACGGACAUGGCCAGGCCAUGAGCACGCCGCCCAACACCACCGCCUCCUCGUCAUCCUCGCGUGCCAGCAGCGGCGGCACCAAGAAGCAACCGCCCGGCGCCAUCCACCAUUACAACCACCAUCACAACGAGCAGCACAAGUUCUAGACUGGAUCCCAGAUUCCCCAUACUAUAUACUAUAUACCAUAUACCCAAAACCCCACUUAGGCUUAGAGAUUUUUGAUAAUUUUUGUAUGGAACUUAGCCAAAGUUAUACUCUAGUGCAGACUUUUCGACGCUGCCCCUAGUCGUAGGUUUGUUGUAGUUCGGAAAUAGCGGAGUUUCAGCCAUAGAUCGUGACUC